UCAAAUCUUCCAGGUUCCCCGUUAAGUUCUCACUCUGAACCCCCCCUUCCCUUCUUUCAUAGCGCCUUGAUUCUGAAGUUUUCAACUGUAUCUGAAUCAUGAUACAACCUUUCAAUUCCAUUAAAUUUUCACAACUGAUGGUUAUAACACUUCUCACGCACCUGUUAACACAUCUUAAAUUCGUUCUGAUGGUGAAAGACUUCGGUUGGUGUCAAGUCCAGAAACUCUCCAAGCUCUUUCAAGAACAUGGUUCAAGUUAUCAUCAGGAUCACCAAGGUUACGCGGAAGCAGAUAACGAGGAACGCCCCUCACCUGCUCUUGUACCGGUACCCUUCAUGAGCCAUGUGGUGUCAACUCUGAUAAAGACCAAGCUCCCAGUAGUUGAAUUCAGCAGAUCAAAAUUGCAAGGCAUUGGGGAGCAAUCUGUAGUUUGUGCAAUAUGCUUGGCAUGCAUCAAGGGAAGUGAAGAAACCAGAGAGCUCGCAAAUUGUAGCCAUGCGUACCACAGGGAGUGCGUUGAUGGGUGGGUUGAUCAGGGUCAUGGGACGUGUCCCUUGUGCAGGCUUAAGCUACUGCCUUGUCAAGCUGAUGGGGAUGCAAUUAAAGGUGAAAAAGAUCCAUGGAGGUCGGAAAGAUUUGCUUAUCUGUUUGGUGAGGAUUAUUUGUUUGAUACCUAUUGACCCGUGUUAUUUCUGCCAAAACUGAGAACUUACAUUUGUACUUUCUUUCAAUCAAGAGUUUCAUUAGCAUAUUUUUCUUCC